UCAUUAUUAUUACAAUAAUUAUUAGGCUACGGUCCGGACGUCGACGCGACGGGCACGCACGGCAAGCCGUGCACGCGUGAUCAACGAUUUCGAACAAGCCGGAGCCUAGUUACAACAGUACAGUACACAAAAUUGUGGAAAGCAGACACAACGGCUCGGAUGUUGUGUUCUAUAUUAUGGUUGGCAAUAGCGGUGGAAGUACUACUAGUUGUAACGGGAGCUCGCCCCGUCUGGCUUGGGCAGUGGCAUAGGCUGUGAAAGGCAAUGUCCUGGGCCGACAGACAGCAUCGCUAUGAUGGAAACCAGCCAAAGGAGGAGAUGUCCAAUCGAUGGUCAUGCUGUGGCUGUGGUGGGGAGCUGCUGGAUGCCAGGUUAUUGCCUUGUUUACAUUCAGUUUGUAUGAAGUGCAGGGCCGCUGGCACAGCAAGGAACAAAGAUGGAUCGUUCACCUGCGGGACAUGUGCCUACAUCGUUGGUCCUCGCCAAAUGGACACUCUGCAAGUGGACUAUUUGGCGGUGGACUAUGUGGCGCUGCAGAAACUGCGUAAUCCACACCAGUCCAACAACUGCGACGAGUGUGUUGAUCCAGAAAUAGCCAGCCAUCGCUGUGUCAGUUGUAGUCAGUUUCUGUGCACUUUCCAUGAAACAGCUCAUAGACGUAGCAAAGCUACUCAUGAUCAUAAAACCAUUCCUCUCAGCCAACUCCAGUCAUCCAGGGCAGCAACUGCUACUGGUGGAAAGGUACCCGUUGAUAUUGCUGAACUGGCUGUAGCACGCAGUCCAUUGAUGUGUGUCCAUCACAAACAGAAAGAACUGGAGCUGUAUUGUGAGAGCUGUUCUCAGUGUAUAUGCAGAGAUUGUGUAUUGGUGGAUCACAAAUCGCAUGAAUACACGUUCAUACCAAACGCCAUCAAAAGAAUGAAGAUGUGGAAGGAUGUUCCACAUUUGGACCAGAUGGUGACACAGUUUGAAGCCACACUGAGGAGCAUCGAGUGGUCCAAGGAGAUUCUCGCCACCAAUUUUCAUGCAACGAGCAAGAACAUGGAGAAAGCUGCAAUUGAAGCCAAGCAACGUGUUGAUGCUCGACUGAAGGAGCUCCUUUCAGAUGUGGACAGAGUCUACCAAAAGAAGAGCAUUGCUCUGGAGAAUCAAGAGAUAGCAUUGAAACAACUGCAGGAGAAUGUGAUGUGUGCGUCAGAUUUUGCGAAGUCAAUGGUGGAAUGCGCCAGCCCAUCGCAGCGACUUAUCCUGAACGGCUUAGUGGAUGCUCGUUUGAAGAGCUUGCUGCAGGCCUCGCGGAAAGAGUCCACCCUCGCCCAUGAUGACGGAUCUUUAUCAGCAGUGCUUGAUCUCUCUGAUGUAAAGGAUUCUCUGAAGCAGUUUGGUCGCGUGGCGUCCACAGUCGCAAGUGGAGAGAGCAGCCUACGUCUUCCAGCUAACUGCUAUACUGGCCUACCCGUCACAGCCACUGUCAACCUGGCAGAUGCAAGCGGACACCCUACAUCAAAUAUCAACAGCGGUGCUAUCAGCUGCACAGUUUGUGCUCCCGAUGGCAGAGUUCGAAAAGUAAUCUGCGUUACUGUUGAGAGCUGCAGAGCCAUUUUCAACUUCAUCCCCGCAUGCGGACCAGGCAAAUACGCUGUGAAUGCUACCAUUGCUGGACUUCCCGCUAAAGCUUCGCCAGCCAUUGCCAAUGUGUUGAAACCACCAUGGAUCUUCGGUUACAUUUCCAAAUCAUACGCACUGAGCCUGACCCAUGGAGUCAAAGAUACCGGCAUCCAGCUGUCCUCGACUGGGCUACACGCUAAAGUUGAGGAUGAGGAGGAACAAGCGGAAACGGGUCAACGAAGACGUGCGGGGAUGGCCUACCGAAACCAGCAGUGCAGAACAGACACACCACAAAGGCUGAUUGCUGCAGCGAAGGAGAUACCUAAAAUGGCCAAUGGACCUGCAAUAAUGUGGUGUAUCAAGUUUGAACUGCCCAAUGUCGGCAAGGGAGAAGAGAUCUCAGACCCGGCAAUCGGUGUUGGAUUCUUUGUGAACGCACAAUCAGAGAACAGGUUGGCUUCGGUUAACUUUGGGGAUGACUUCAAUGACCAUGGCAGCGGUGCUGUAACUCUCUUCUCAACGGGGAAUGCUGUGUGUGGUCAGACGCGGUGCUACAACCCACCUCGUACCUGUCAUCAUACCGAUGAUGGAGAUGCUGAACCAAAGUUCAAAUUCCGUAACGGUGAUGAACUGCGCCUGGAGUAUAUCACUGAAAGUGACUUUCUGGUCGUCACACAAGCAUCCAGUGAUGUCAAGUAUGUCAUUGACGUUCAGAAAUCAUCAAGGAAAGUCCUUCCAGUUGCCAGUGACAUCAACACGGCAUUUGAGCAACUCCAGCUGCCCGAGCAGGGUCCGAACUACGGCGGUCAGGUUCGUCGCAAAGUUAGAACCAGCCACCCUCCAGCAUGUAGGACUCGACCUGCGCGUUCUCAGCAGUUUGGUGCGAUUUCAAGCAUCUGUCCGGCUGUGUGGCUGUCAGCCAAAUUUGCCGGAGACGUUUACCUGUCGUUUCCGGCUGAUUAGUGCAACUCAGUUGUUCAGCUACAGCCGGUGAAACCCACGCCAGGAUGUGAGAACUAACUUCAAUGUUUGAAUACAAGUUCAAGUAUGAUCCAUUUCAUCAUUUUUACUUCAUCCCUUGAUGCAACACACUAUCACAUGUACGAAGUGUUUUUUUGCAUCUAUAUCUACAUAUAUCUACAUGUACAUGAAUUACACUCCUGUACAAGUAUAUUUACAGUGCGUUUGAGAAUUGGACUGAGGCAUAUGGAAAAAUCAUGUUUGUGAUAUGUGUCAUGUGAUACCAAUCAUACCAUCACUGCUCUCACCGUCGAUUUAGUUUAGUGCCUGGCAGCCUGGCACCUUUUUUACUACUGUUCAACGACUACAAUUUACUUGUAGUUAAUUUUCCCCCAGAGAAGUGCUGACCAGUCCGCUCAAUAUUACUGAUUACUUCUGUUCGAGAGUGUUCAUCCGUUGGCAACAUUCUGUACAUGUGCUUCCUCUGGACCGACGCAGUCUCGUUGCCAGACUCUCUGUCAAUGAUACCACAUCGCACACUAGAAUUCUCUCCCCCCCCCCUCUUACCUUGCAUGGCAGGCAAUUUUUCGGUGUAUUUUGGUUUGGGAGCAGACCACUAGUUACCAUAAACGGCGCCAAUUUGCACUUUACAAUUCUAAUUUGCUUUGCACAUGUGCGGUAUUUUCAGUGAUCUCCCACAUUUUAAUUCCUUUGUUCUCUUAAUGUCAGCCCUCUUGAUGUAAACAUUUAGUACCUUCCUUUUCCUAAAACAUGCAGAGUUUCA